AUGGAGCGUAAAAUAAACAGAAGAGAAAAAGAAAAGGAGUAUGAAGGGAAACACAACAGCUUGGAAGACGCUGACCAAGGAAAGAACUGCAAAUCCACACUGAUGACCCUCAACGUUGGUGGAUAUUUAUACAUUACUCAAAAACAAACACUGACCAAGUACCCAGACACUUUCCUUGAAGGUAUAGUAAAUGGAAAAAUCCUCUGCCCGUUUGAUGCUGAUGGGCAUUAUUUCAUAGACAGGGAUGGACUCCUCUUCAGGCAUGUCCUGAACUUCCUACGAAAUGGAGAACUUCUACUGCCCGAAGGCUUUCGAGAAAAUCAACUUCUUGCACAAGAAGCAGAAUUCUUUCAGCUCAAGGGACUGGCGGAGGAAGUGAAAGCCAGGUGGGAAAAAGAACAGCUAACACCCAGAGAGACUACUUUCUUGGAAAUAACAGAUAACCAUGAUCGCUCACAAGGACUGAGAAUUUUCUGUAAUGCUCCUGAUUUCAUAUCAAAAAUAAAAUCUCGCAUUGUUCUGGUGUCCAAAAGCAGGCUGGAUGGAUUUCCAGAGGAGUUUUCAAUAUCAUCAAACAUCAUUCAAUUUAAAUACUUCAUAAAAUCUGAAAAUGGCACUCGACUUGUACUAAAGGAAGACAACACCUUUGUCUGUACCCUGGAAACUCUUAAGUUUGAAGCUAUAAUGAUGGCUUUAAAGUGUGGCUUUAGACUGCUGACCAGCCUGGAUUGUUCCAAAGGGUCAAUUGUUCACAGCGAUGCACUUCAUUUUAUCAAGUAA